CUUAGCUUCUAGAAGCAUGGAAAUCAGCUCUUCACAUUUGCCUAUAAAUAUACAUAUGCCUUUUUACAAAAUAACUAUUCAGAAGUAAAAUCAGUUUGGAAUAAACACAAAGCUAUUUCUGUCUGGUUUGUUAACUAGCUGUCUAGUUAUCAGUUAAUGAGGACAGUACAGUAAAAAGGCAGGCUAUAUCAAGGGAAGAUAUAGGAGCUGCAUUGAAAAGUGAGAAGCAAUAACAAGCAAGAUACAAAGGCUGCAUUUUAAAGUAAAAAGCAGUAAAUAACAAGCAAACAUACAAGACCUGCAAUUUAAAGUGAAAGGCAGUAAAAAUAAUUUGCACAAGAACUGCAUUUAAAAUAUUGUGCUACUUUAACCUGAUCACUAUGAACCAAGAUAAGAGUGUUGAUAUGAUGCAGCAAACUUUAGAGACCAGAUCCUAUGCCUCUGGCUCUAAAUAUUCAAUGCGCUCCAGCAGAUCAUCAGUCAGUUCUGCAGGAGUCAGAGCCCGUGCUAAAGUACAAGCAGCCCAGGAAGUUUCUUAUGCUGAAAAAGAAGCAGACAUGAUAAAGCAGAAAGCAGCACUAGAAGCAGAGGCAGCAAGGCGCAAAGCAGAUAUGGAAGCAGAGGCAGCAAGGUGCAAAGCAGAUAUGGAAGCAGAGGCAGCUAAGUGCAAAGCAGAGACAGCAAGGUGUGAAGCUGAAACAGCGCAACGCAAGGCAGAGUUAGAGGCUAAUAUGCAUGUGCUAAAGAUUCAAAGGGCAGCAGUUGCAGCAUCUGCAGAAGCAGCAGUCUAUGAAGCAGCAGCUGAACUAGAAGAGGAACCACUUCAAGAUUUUGCAGAAAUAACUACCCAUGAUUCAGUACAAAGGACUCAGGAGUAUGUACAGAACCAUGCUCUAGACCAAGAUAAAACAGAGCAUGCUCCUAUCCAACAUAUGUCCAGCAUAAUGCCACAGUUUCCUGACUCAACAUAUUUACAGUCUACUCCAAGUAUUCCUGACUUGCACCCUCCUUCCCAGACUGACACUGCAAAUGUCUCUACACCAAGAGUGCGCUUUCAAGAAAGCAGAGGUUACGCUGAUCCACAAUAUCCAUCACAUUAUAUGGACUCUCACAUAUCCCCUCUCAGAAAUAGUACAUUAGGAACUUCAGAGACUACUGACCUAGCAAAGCACCUGAUUCGUCGAGAGUUAGUGAGUACAGGGCUACUAACAUUUGAUGAUCGACCAGAGAACUACUGGGCAUGGAAGACAUCAUUCCAAGGUGUCACCAGAGAUCUUAAUCUUACAGCCAGAGAAGAGCUAGAUCUUUUGACUAAGUGGCUUGGACCAGAGUCAUCUCAACAGGCUAAGAGACUCAGGUCAGUGCAUGUUCAUAACCCAAUUGAUGGAGUUAAAAUGGUAUGGCAGAGACUAGAAGAAUGUUAUGGCAGCCCUGAAGCUAUUGAGAAUGCACUGUUAAAGAAGCUAGAAAACUUCCCCAGAAUCUCAAACAAAGACAACAUAAAGUUAAGAGAACUUGGUGACAUGUUGUUGGAGGUGAAUGCAGCUAAGGCAGGAGGCUUUUUGCCAGGACUGGCAUACCUAGACACAGCUCGUGGCAUCAACCCAAUUAUUGAAAAACUGACAUAUAGCCUGCAAGAAAAGUGGAUUUUUCAAGGUUCCAAGUAAAAAGAAGACC